CCUCCCCAAAAUUGAAGUUACACUCACACCUCACGCUUGUCAAAAGCAACUCAGACAGGAAGACUGAUCUACAGUUACUUAGCUUUGUUAUAAAAACAAAACUUCUGCUCUCGUUCUGCUUCACAGAAUCAUAAAACAGAUAUCAGAAUGAAUGAGAUAUGGUUUUAUUUCCUUUCUACCUUUUCCUUAAUCUUUCUUCUUUCCAAGCUCUUUUCACUCAAACAAACACAGCACAAAAAAAUCCCUCCAAGGCCACCUGCAAUUCCCAUAAUUGGCCAUCUUCAUCUCAUGAAAGAACCUCUCCACAGAACGUUACAGAACAUAACAGAUCAGUAUGGUCCAAUCGUAUCCCUCUCAUUUGGUUCCCGUAAUAUUGUCGUUGUAUCAUCCCCAAAUUUACUUGAAGACUGCUUCCAUAAAAACGACCUUCUGUUUGCCAAUAGGCCUCACCUUUCCGCUUUCAAAUAUCUAGGGUGUGAUUACACCACUCUAGGUACUUCCCCUUAUGGCGACCACUGGCGAAACCUCCGUCGUAUUGCUUCGGUUCAAAUUUUCUCAACAAAUAGGCUUAACAAUUUCGACAGCAUUAGACAGGAUGAAGUUAGAAUCUUGCUUAAAAGCUUAUUUGCAAAUUCGCAAACAGGUUUCACGAAGGUAGAGAUGAAAUCGAGGUUAUCGGGCCUGUCUUUUAAUAUUAUAUCGAGGAUGAUAUCUGGGGAGAGAUACUUUGGAACAGAGGUGGAAAAUUUGGAGGUGGCUAAACGCUUUGGCGAUAUUUUGAAGCAGACUGCUGAAGUGAGUGGAGGUGGAGCAAGUGCAACAUUAAAUCUAGGGGAUUUUUUGCCAUUCCUACGGUGGGUUGAUUUCCGAAGGAUAGAGAAAAGGCUGCUCAGAUUGCAGAAAAAUUUGGAUGAAUUUUGCCAAAGUUUGAUUGAUGAGCAUCGAAAGAAUAAUAAUUCUUCCUCACAAGAACAAGGACGGCCUAAGACAAUGAUCGGUAAAAUGCUAUCUUUACAAGAAUCUGAACCUGAGAGCUAUUCCGAUGAAAUCAUCAAAGGCUUUAUACUGGUUAUGCUACUUGGGGGAACUGGAUCAGCAGUAGCAGUGGAGUGGGCAAUGUCGCUUCUUCUUAACCAUCCUGAGGUUUUAAAGAAGGCCAGAGCUGAGUUAGACAAAAUUAUUGGUCAAGAAAGAUUGGUAGGGGAAGACGAUUUUCCCAAGUUGCCAUACCUGCAGAGCAUAAUAAACGAGACACAACGACUGUACCCAGUAGCACCACUUGUGACGCCACAUGAAUCGUCCGAUGACUGCUUCAUCGGAGGAUACUAUGUACCGCGAGGCACAAUGUUGCUGGUAAAUGCUUGGGCUAUUCACAGUGAUCCAACAGUAUGGAAUGACCCAACAAAAUUCAGGCCUGAGAGAUUUGAAGGUUUAGAUAAAGAUGCACAUAAAUAUAAACUGAUUCCAUUUGGGCUGGGAAGAAGGGCUUGCCCUGGAGCCCCUCUUGCAAAUAGAGUAAUGAGCUUAACCUUGGCCUCAUUAAUUCAAUGCUUUGAGUGGGAAAGGCCCAGUGAGGAGCAAAUAGAUAUGUGUCCAGGAACAGGAGAUACUAUGCCGAAAUCAAAACCUUUGGAAGCCAUGUGCAGAGCACGUGAGUCUAUGAUUAAUAUCCUCCAUGAACUGUAAUUACUGUUUGUAUUUAAUCAUUGUUAUCUAAAUUAGUUGUCUUAUAGUUGGUUUUCCAGUUUUUUGAUGUUGUUUGAUCUUUUUUGGAGAAGUGAUGCGUUGGGAACUUGAUUAAAGCUGUUUUUCCAGUUUGUCUCUGCCA